CACUCUCUGUCUCGCUCUACCUCUCUCUACCUCGCUCUACCUCUCUCUACCUCGCUCUACCUCGAUUCUACGUAUCUUCAAAUCUCAAAUCUCCUGGCGGCGGCCUUUGGUGUCUAUUACCUACCCAUCCCCUACCAUCCACCACCACCACCACCACCACCCAAUUACCACCAACCACCACCCCCAACCAGAAAUUACAAAACAAACCACCAAAUUCCGAGCAAUUCUGAGCGAUUCAUACACACCCAGUCCACAUCGCCACCAUCUGCUCAAUUUCCCUUCUUCAACUCCGUAUAUUAUACCAAACACCUCUCUCCUGCUCUUCCAUACCUUCCACAACUGGUUUUCUCGAACUCAAUCGCCUCGCCACUGAGGAAUUGCCGCUCCAGAGUGCUCAGUGUUCCACCAUCGACGACCCUUCAGACCCCUACGACAUUGUCAUAUCGUCACUCCAAGACACCAUUCUAAUCGCCUGCGACCCCCCUCCCAACUUCACUACAGCAAAACCUCCGCGCGCGCGCAUCAUCAUCAUCAUCAUUGUCGUCAUUCCAUCUCAAAAACAAAAUAGAAAUUACAGCUUUAUUUGCUGAAAGCUUUCUCCUACCAGGGCCGUGAAGGCCCCGCGACCGCGGAGGCGGCCCUCUUAAUAAUCCUUUUUUUUUUUUAUCUUUUAUCUUAUAUUUUAUAUUUUCUCAGUUGCUUACACAGCUGCUACCUUGGACGUGCUACCUUGGACGAACCUUUGCUCUCUUAUUCGCACGAUCAGGUAGCACAUGCAAUCCAUCGACAUUCUGACGGUUUACUGCGACACAUAUUAAUUAUCGUUCCACAAGAAAACCGCCUAAAGAGCCUACCGGUACAGCGCGGUAUAGCCGACGCCUCACAAAUCUUACCACCAAAGGCCCAAAAACCCCCACGCACCAGCCACCAUGACCGCUAUCCUCCCGCAUCGCGAUGCUGACAAAGCGACCUCAUCACUCCUCACAGUCCCAAGGAAACCCUCCUUUGAUGGCGGUGAUGGCGCUGCAGGCGCAGCAUCGUCAGGGUCGCCACCAACCAGUGGACAAGGUACGCACGAUACAGCCAAUGGGGCUGCGCCACACUCCGACCACACCAGUCACAGGCCGGCGAACGAGAAGCAAUCCAUGACCAAGCGGCUCACUCGCAUGUUCUCCGCGCGUGACACCAACAAAACCGGCUCCGGCUCCGAAAGUGGCGGUACAAAAUCACCCCCCCACGCCACAACGCCCGUGCCUGGAGAGCCAUCAACGGCGCCUACCUCUCGACACGCCCCGCCUUCACAUCAACAAUCUUCGUUGGAAAAGAUCCCAAUAAUGCCGAAACCUAAAGAGAAACCCAAAGAGCCACAGUGGCCGGCUCAGCGAUACAUCCUCGUCCCUGAUGUACCCGGUGGCCAUGAACAUCACCUGAAGAGCGCCAAGCGCCAAGAGAAGCUGUCCGACAUGCUGCGCGACAUGCUGAUCGGCAAGAAGAAGCCGAUGGAGGCACACGAGGGCGAGCAGCAAUUAUCGCUCAUGUCGAGCUGGGUGGACCAGCUGAAGCGCGAGCGCGAGGCCCUGGCCUCGACCGACAAGAAGGGCGGCCCGAACACAACAGCGACGCUGGUGGAGAAGUAUGGCAAGUGCCAAGAGAUCGUAGGCCGCGGCGCCUUCGGUAUCGUGCGCAUCUCGCACAAGCGCAAGGAGGGCGACAACGAGCAGCUCUUUGCCGUCAAAGAGUUCCGCCGCCGCCCCGACGAGAGCGAGAAGCGGUAUAGCAAGCGCCUCACCUCCGAGUUCUGCAUCUCCUCCUCCCUCCGCCACCCCAACGUCAUCCACACCCUCGACCUGCUCCAGGAUUCCAAGGGCGACUACUGCGAAGUGAUGGAGUUCUGCGCUGGCGGCGACCUGUAUACCCUCGUCCUCGCAGCGGGCAAGCUCGAAGUCGCCGAGGCAGACUGCUACUUCAAGCAGCUCAUGCGCGGCGUCGAGUACAUGCACGAGAUGGGCGUCGCCCACCGGGACCUCAAGCCCGAGAACCUCCUCCUCACCACCCACGGCGCGCUCAAAAUCACCGACUUCGGCAACGGCGAGUGCUUCCGCAUGGCCUGGGAGACGGACGCGCACAUGGUCUCCGGCCUCUGCGGCAGCGCCCCAUACAUCGCGCCCGAGGAGUACGUCGACAAGGAAUUCGACGCCCGCGCCGUCGACGUCUGGGCCACGGGCGUCAUAUACAUGGCCAUGCGCACGGGCCGGCACCUGUGGCGCGUCGCUCGCAAGGACGAGGACGAGUUCUACGAGCGCUACCUCGAGGGGCGUCGCGACGAGGAGGGCUAUGGUCCUAUUGAGAGUCUGGCUCGCGCCCGCUGCCGAAAUGUCAUUUACUCCAUCCUUGACCCGAAUCCGAGCCGGCGCAUCACGGCGAGCCAGGUGUUGAAGUCGGAGUGGGGUCGCGAGGUGAAGCUGUGUAAGGCGGGCGAGGAGGGGAUUUAAGACUUCUUUCCUCUUGAAAAAGACUUGCUCGCGCGCGCGAGAUGAGGAUGGGGGUUUCUUUUUAUAAACUCCUCGUUCGUGGAGCGGUCGGCGCAUGACCACCACGACGAUCCCAAUCCCCAUCUCCCGCUCUCCACCGAACGCAUGAGCUCCGCAACCCUGCGCGAACCUUUUUUUUCCCUGCAGAAAAGAUACGCACGACCACGCAACGAGGACGAAAUGGAUUGCAGCGCUUCAAUGAGCAUCCUCAAAUCGCCACACGUGCAAAUAGACUUUCGAACUUUUUUUUUCUACAUCUGUUCUAUUAUUAUAGAGAGCCAUUCUUAACACACACCGCACGAUACCAAUCGCAAGCAGGCGGGGACGGACGGGCCGUUUUUCUUCAUUUAACGCUGCCCGAGUUCCACACUUUUCUUUUUAUUAUCUUUGGGAGGGAGUUGGCGAUGCAUACCAUCACCCCAUCAUGCACCGGCGUUCAUUGUUUUUAUCCAAAAGGAGUUUUCCAGGCGUUAGCGAAAGAGACAAACGACGGCGGCAGAGGCAGCGCACGCGCGUGAUUUUUUAGAGAGCAACAGCAUCAUAUACGUGUGGGUGGCGGAAUGAAUUAGCCACCUUUGGUUUUGUAUGGGUUUUGCUGGGUCUGCUUUUUGUUAUUUUUUUUACUCUUUUUUGGUCGGCCGGCUGAGCGUUCCGAAUUGCAUCAACGACGUCAUGACACCUGUGCCCUGUUUUCUGUUUUUCUUCUUUAAUGUUACGGGUGGAUGAUGGGAGGAGAGGAAAGGAAAAUAAGACGGAUGGAUGAGGGAGGAAAGGAAAAUAAGACGGAUGGAUGAGGGAGGAAAGGAAAAUAAGACGGAUGGAUGAGGGAGGAACAGGGGAACCCGAUCGGUCUGGCGGCUUCUUUUUUUUUUAUAGCCUUAAUUGCUCGUGGAGUCUCUACACUCUGCGUGCUGCUCAGUCGACGGGUUGGGGGUUUGAAGGGGG